UUUCAUCUUGCAAUCCCUUUCAUAGAAGGACCACAUUGACCGCCAGAAUCGUGCAACACAGCACGACAUGAAGAGCAAGACUGAGAGCAAACUGCAUGCGACAUGCACUGCCACCUUUUCCCUUUCCAGCUAGCUACAGGCCAGAAGCCCCCAUGCCGAGGCCACAUGGCAGGCGUUUCGGUCAAGCACGAAUCAGCCCUGUCCUAGCCUGUACCUAACAUUCCCAAACCGGAAUCCUUUGGGACGAGUAAGACCUGAUUUACGCAGCUUAUCCAUCUAUGAGUCCAUGAUGCGCGGUAUUGUAUGCUCGGGACAUGUCGACCUGAAACGCGAUCGCGUGUGCUCUCACAAUUCUGUAGGUUGCGCGAGCUGUACAACAGUCAUCUUUCUGAUCCUUCCCAACUCAGUCUUGCAUUCACAUCCUUUCAUCUGCCCGGAUCAGUAGACAACAUGGGCGCGAACAAUUCCGUCCCGGCGGACUAUAGUGUGCCAGCGUAUACCAUUCUGGCCAUCGACGUCGUGUUGACUACAGCUGCGGUGGGAGGGCGAACAGCACCACGUAGACGUCGCCAGCAACUGAUGAUUACCUCUGCUACUUUGCAUUUCCUCGGCCUGUUUCCAUCUGGGCUACUAUUGACAGCCUUCGGGGCGCUCGACCUCCAAGAUGUCUCGCAGCAAAGUACAAAGGAACAGAAAUUCGUAACAAACACCACGCUAUCGUUUGCCGUUUCGUACAUUAUCGCGAUUACGCUCGUCAAGCUCUCGAUCCUCUUCCUCUAUCACCGCACGUUCACUCUACGUCAGAAGUGGUUCCGGUACUGCUGGUGGAUGCUGAUGACUCUGACGAUACUAUGGACUUUGGCGGGUCUGAUACUGCUGGUACUACAAGAGAUUGGCACGUUACCUAGAUACGACUUUGGCAGGAUAGCGGUGCCGACAACGGGGAUCUUCAAUGCCUUGUCGGACAUGCUCCUCAUGCUUCUGCCGGCUGUCAUGGUCUCUCGGCUGAAGAUGCGCAGAAAACAGAAGAUUGCGCUGGUCUCGAUAUUCUGCAUUAGCGGGGUGCAAGUCAACAGCUCGCAAAUACAUACAGCGCUUACAUACGACCACAGUACCUCAACCGUCUCCCUUGUCCGGGGGACAAUCUACUUCUACAAUCGUUCCCACCGCCUCAACCCAGCAUACAUGAACUACCUCGACAUCGUCCUGACCGCCACCGAAUCCUCCGCCGGAUUGAUGUGCGCCUGUCUCCCCCUCACCAAACCCCUCGUCAUCCGCUUCACGCGCUGGCUGCAGCGUAUGCACAGCCUCGAUACCAAACAUCAAGGCUGGACGACGUACUCACAGUCUGGAACGGGAGAGGGAAGAAAUAAAGGAAUAAUAAGAGUGGAUGAUUACUCUGUCCAGCUGCUCAGGGCAUCGGACCCGGCGUUGUCGCAGAUAGGAGCAUUGAAUGGACUUCACGAACGUGGAUAUGCCGUGGCAGAGUGUGGGACCGUAUCAGACAAAUGCAUUUUGCGAGGCGAAUGCGCGGAGGGGAACGCAGGAGGGAUGUUACCAUUUUCUGGAGGUGGUCGCCUUUCAGGGGAGGCAGGACUUCUGUCGGGACCGACGACUCUGGUACAAGUUUACGGAAUUCGAGAAAUAUUGGACUGUUUUGGUCCUCAAUUGAAUCGAGGUCGAGGUUCAUGAACUC